GUGAGUCGCGCUGUUUUGUUUUGGUGGUUUCGCUGUUUGACUACAGGAGGAGACGGGGGAGCAGGAGGUCCCGGCUGGGGAGCCGUUCCAUAAAUGGGGAGAGAUACAUCGGUGAUGGAAGAUGAGGGACCGAUGACUGACAAGUGCAAAAUGCCGAGUUUUAUCCGCUCCUUCGAUCAGGGCCGAGCGAGAGUGUCCCGCAGUCAAACUUCCCUCUCGGACACUAAAGUUGACAGGUCGGUUGACGGUCCGAUCCGCCGUGUCUCUCGAGUCAACUCCCGGCUGUCGCUGGACGAAGGAGCCGGGGAGUCCGGGGGGAGCGGCGGCUCGGAGAAGGAUGCGGAGAGUAACAACAACAACAACUGCAACAGCGCAGGAGGAGAGAGGCGGAGGUCGAGUGCCGUUGAGAUUUUAAUGAGAAAUUUUGGGGUUACAAAGCCUCCCUCUCUGCGUUUAGGGGGUAGCGGUCGUCUUCAGAGUGGCGAGGUAACAGAGAGCCCCGACAAAAGCGCCUCUGAUGUCAGAGCAGGUGACGAGUGUCAAAAGUCGCACCAGGAAACGGGCGACGCGGUGACAGAAAACGAGUCGACAUCGACCGAGUUACCUACUUCGACUGGCCAAAGAGUUGGAUCAAAUCAGCUUAAAGCCAAAUUUCACCAUGACUGUGACAGUUUGAGUCUGGAUGAGACGAACAGUGUUAAAGAAGAUGUCUAUUGCAGCGUUUAUUGCAUCGCUGACGACAGUCGCCGACAGAGCGUUGAAAUCACCGCCUGCCAUGAUGAGACAGUUGCUGAAGGAGCUCAGGAACUCGCUUCGGAAACCAAACAGGUCGCGGGUUCCAGUCCUGCACCAGUGCCAUACACUCUGGAUGACUUAAUGGAUUCUGUUGGGGACAUGACCCACUGGUGGCCCCUGGAGGGGAACGGGGAAGAGGAGGCGGUGCAGAUUUGCCGGGUGUGCCUGGAAGAGAAAACAAUCGCGCCUCUGCCCUGCUGCAGAAAGGCCCUGUGUGAGGAUUGUGUGCGGCUCUACGUCAGCUCACAGGUGCGAGUUGCCAAAGCUUAUAUCCACUGCCCCAUACCGGAGUGCAGCGGCUUUUUGGAAGACCAACUGGUGAUCGCCCAUCUGAGCAAGGAAGACGUGGCCAAAUACCGCUACUUUCUGGAGCUGAGUCGGCUGGAUUCCAGCACCAAGCCCUGUCCCCAGUGCAGCCAGUUCACCUCUCUGGACAAGCACAACCUGAACCGCUCUGAGCACAGAUACAAGAUCCAGUGUAGCAACUGCCAGUUUGUGUGGUGUUUCAAAUGCCACGCUCCCUGGCACAACGGCAUCAAAUGCCGCGACUACAGAAAAGGCGACAAACUACUGAGGAACUGGGCCAGUGUCAUCGAGCAUGGACAGAGAAACGCACAGAAAUGUCCAAAGUGCAAGAUCCACAUCCAGCGAACUGAAGGGUGCGAUCACAUGACCUGUACACAGUGCAAUACCAACUUCUGUUACCGCUGCGGGGAGCGUUACAGACACCUCAGGUUUUUCGGGGACCACACAUCCAACUUGAGCGUGUUUGGUUGCAAAUACCGCUACCUUCCCGAUAGACCUCACCUGAGGAGACUGAUUCGAGGCUCGGUUUGUGGAACCAAGUUGCUGAUGGCCCCUGUGGUCAUUCUUGUGGUCAUCGUGCUGGGAGCGCUGGCAGCAGUCAUUGGUUUGGUGGCUUUCCCGGUCUACUAUGUGUGUAAGAGGAGGAAGAAGCAACAUACGCAGGGGUCUGGACGCUGGAUCUGAGGCCUCCAUGACACCAGUAAAAACUUCUGAAGUCAUCUUGUUCUCAGGGACACGCACAGGUCACACAACAAAUUGAUUCCGUGUUUUCACUUGGCUCAGUUUAGGCGCUGGGAAAUCACCUAUCACAUGGUUACAUGAAUAUCUAAAGCGCAUCAGAAACUCACACCAAAGAGCCUCUCCUUGCAAAUGUUGUUACUGUACAAUACAGAAGGAGUUGCAGAUCAUGUUGCUGUUUUCAACACACAGAAUGCAAACAGUAGAAAACAUGAUGUCUCACUGCAGUGAGUCUUCAACCUAGCUCUGAUGCCGUGUUGCUAGUCAAGUUAAGGAGCUCCUGAAUAGUGUUCGCAUGAUGUAGUCAAAGUAAGCAGCCGAUAGCCAUGUUAUUUUUCACCAUCAUAUCCAAGACACUGAAUGUUUGAUAAGUGCUCUCCCCGACGGCCAUCUCCAAUUCCAGAGUUCAUUUUUUUAACUCUCAUUCCAGAGUUCACCUCAAUCUCAAUAUCUUUUUGUUGGUGCUUUGACUCUAUCCUCUACUUCCUAACGGCUGCAUGUGUUCGUUGGCCGUCGUCCCUCAUAUUUGCGUCACAGAUUUUAAAAAAAGGAAAAGAAAAGCCUCAUUAAUGGUUGUUCCUGGUGGGUCCAAACAAAACAAUUGAGUUGGAUCCACUACACUGGAGGGAAAAUCCUGUUGUUCAGCUCAUUGUUUCAAAAUUCCAGUCAAGUAAGCGGCAUGCGCUUCUGUAGAAAAUUGCUCACCAAUGACGCUGAGUGACUAAUUCUACCAUGUUAAGUUAUGCAGUCAGAGGAGAAGCAAGAAGAGUGAGUUAUCACCAGUUUUAAGCAUCAAAUGUCUCACAGAAACUUACAGUAGAGCUUUAAUUUUUGUUUUUAAGACUCAUAAAAAGUAAAAAAUAAAAAAAUGGUGAAGUUUAAAGAAUUGAGCCUAUGAACCUUUUAAGGAUCAGGAAGUGACAAUGACCAUGUAGGACUUUUUUUUUCCUGUUAGAGCUGAUUUUAUUUUUUUCAAAGCGACCAUGAAAGGAUUGCAAAGCCACUGCAUUACAGCUUGUGUUUAGCAGGAGGAAUUAUUUCACUUCAUUUUUAAAGUGGACUUCAAAUAACUUCCUAACAAGUUUGAACUUCCUCUUUCUUUGCUGAGCUGCAUCACUUUCUAUUUCGCCUCUUACUGGAAGUCACUCUGCUGUGUGGCUUUCCAAAAAGGGAAGCGUAUGGCUGUUCAUGGUCUGAUUUUACAGGUUAAGGAAAAACAUCCAGCCGUAAAUUUACAUGUCGAAAUCAAAAAGAGUCACAUAUUUUCUGACUAGCAUUGACUUUAUUGUUGUUUUAAGAACAGCAUUAGAGUGAGAUUGUUUUCUAUUUUACCUUAUUUUCUUCCCCAACACAAAAAAAACAUUUUAGGCACAGUCAAAAGGAAAGGGGAAGUGAUGUGUGGAACUGGAUAAUAUAAACAGAAAUGAGGUGAAAAUUAAUGUAUUCCAGGAGGGAUUUUAAUGAGAAAGGCUUGAAAAAAUGUAUAAGUCAAGAUGUAGGUAAGAGGUUUUCUCUCCGACAUAUAACUUCCUCCUUUUUUUGGAACGUCACACACUGAAUCCCUGCACUUUAUUUCCCUGUAAUUUGUCAUCUUUCCUGUUUGUUCCCUUCCACAGAGGUCUUUCCCUCUGGUUGUAGGUCAGAGCCAUUAUCUUUCAUGUCAAAACCUCAUCUGCCUCAGGGGCUUUCUUUGGCUCCUGUGGUGGACUUGAGCUCAUAGGUCACUCUCAUAACAAAUGCUCUGGAGAUGGUUAAAUCAAUAUUGCUCAUUUGUGUAUCCAGACAAUGACCAAUGAAGAUCUUUUUCUUUAAAUACAGUUAUAAAGCAAACGUUUUGGUUAGUUGUAUGUCUCCUGGAUCCAACUUUCAAAGCUCCUGCAGCAUUCUUUUCUGCUUAAACUGGUCUCUUUUCUGGCCUUAAAUGGUUCAGGAAAUAAAAUAAUGAGGCAUUUGCUAAGAAAAAUUAUAUAUAUUAUAUAUAUCAAAGCCACCACUGACAAAGAGUUGUGAUUUAUUGAUAGAAUCUGAUGCAGCAAAUCGGAUCAAAACUCACAAUGUUUGUUGCUUGAGGUCGGAGGAGUGAAGUUGUACACAACCUCAAGUCAGUGCCAUGUUCUUUCCUUCUUGUUUAUUUCAUCAUGACUUCAGAAUCUUAUUUGUCGGAGCACUCACUUAGGCCGACCUCACUGUCAAGAAUUAGAAAAGGCCUGAUUGUUAAAGUCCACACUGGACUGGCUGCGUCAUGAUGCUGCCGCGGCAACAAUGAUGGCAGCCACAGCUGGCAACCAUCUGAGCUGUAUUCAGAAUCAGAUACAUUUUGUCUUCGAGGAAUCCAUAUAUUUUUCAGAAAUGUAUUGUUCUCUUUGCAUUAAAAAUAUUUGUAAAAAAUGUACCCCACAUAGCCACAUUUGGAAAGAUGUGUCAUUGUUUUAGGUGCACAAAAGGCUGAACAGCUUCAUGUUCAGAAUAAAUACUCCAAACUAGUGAACUGAUGUCAGUCCCUACUAGCCAAACUGAGAAAGAUGCUAAAUAAACUCUGCAAGGAAUGAUCCUGAUGUUAUAUCAUACCAGGAUGCUAAUAAGGAUGUGCAAUGCAAAUAAACAAGACAGUCGUGCGGUGAAGGAGUGAAGGCCUGAUAGGAUCACGAGAUAGCCUUAACAUUAUGACCGCCUUCCAUUUAGGAUGCACACAAGUUGAAGGAUAUUCCGGUUCACCCAUAGUCGGUCCCUGUUAUAGGUGGUCUAAGGAAGGAAAACGGAGACAGUAAUGUGAGGUCAAAGUUCAUCGAUGCCUUUGGGUCCCAUAUUAGAUUUAUAUACAUCCAUAAGUUUUCCAUUUCAUCUAAGACUUAGUUGCUGUUUUACUCUAGCCGGACACAUCCGGCUGUGAAGCUAGGUGUUCUAGUCUUGAUUGUAUUUUCAAAUGUAAAUAUCUUAUGGUGCCUUUACAGACACUUUAAAGCCACACUUCUGUUCAGGAACCGGAUAUGAUUAACAAAACACAUUGCACCACAGCAGUCUUCUCACUGAGGCAUAUGACCUUAUAAACAGGGUGUUUUUUUUAUUAUUCCAUGUGACAUAUAAAACACCUUUUGCACACGUAAACUGUCACUUUAUUGUGCUUCUCUCCCAUUAUUUGCACAUGUACAUAAAACAUGAACACUGUGACAAUUCCCUAGGCUUGGGACUUGUAAGAAGAAUAUUUAAACACUGCUGUGUAUGUCCAUGUUGCAGGGUUAUCGGUUGUAAUAUGACAUGCCUCAAUGACACACAAUUGUUAUUUAAGGAGGUGUUCUAUCAUGCUUAUAUUUUGCACUACUUGCUGCCACUGUUAAAUAUCUGUUCACACUCACAUAUCCAUGCACAAAUCUCUGUUGUCAUUUCAUGAAGAAUAAGAAGAAUAAAACAAAUCAAUGCUGAUGACGUGUGACCUUUUUCCCUGGGAUGGAAAACUUGUGUGCGGGAGGUGGUGGGGGGGGGUUAUAUUCAGAUGCAUAGUGGUGGAGUAUUUGCGGGGGCACGUGUUGUUUUUUCUAUGUUACAAGCAACAGAAAUUGAGAUAAAGGCGAACAACACAAAAUGUAGGCGGUGUUGCAGUGUAAUUGGAAUUGCAUGUACAUUCCAAGACCACUAGAGGUCGCAAUCACGCCACAGUUAAAAGUGCAGGCUCAUAAGUACAACUCUUCCAAUGCGAGCAAAGAGAAAUUGGGCAAACUGUAUCUCUAGACGCGUUUCUGAUUCGUUCGUAGCUGUGUAUAUUGAAUAGUUUUGUAAAAUAUUUUUUUUUAAUCCAGGCUGGUGUAUUAGUGGACAAAUCUG